GGGAGGCGGAGAGGUGGGCAGAGUGGCUCUUGUCACGCGUGUGGAGGCGAGGAGGUUGGCCAUAGCUGGGCAGGGGGAGAGGGAAGUCUUCCUUUGGGUCGGCUGGCAGGCUGGCUGGGGGCUCCUCAUCAUCAUCAGAGGCAGGCAGGCAGGCGCUCUCCGUGGUGCUGAAAGUAGACUCUCCAGGGGAAGGCGCAGGGAGGGAGCUGUCCAGGGCUCGCUGGUGCUGAAGGCGCUCAGGAGGCUCUCCCCUCCAUCCUUUUCUCCAUCCUUCUCUCCAUCCUUCUCCCUCCAAAGCGCAACCGAUGGGAAGCCAAGAGCCUCUCCAACAGGAUGCCCAUGGUGUGAACUGAGCUGCCCCCCAAGCCGGGCAAGUUUUGGGUCACCUUUCUCUGGGGACUCCUUCUGCAUCUCCCCUUCUUCCCAGAGCCAUGGCUUUCAUGGUGAAAUCGAUGGUGGGCGGGCAGCUGAAGAACCUCACCGGAGGAUUGGGCGGAGGAGAAGAGAAGGGAGAAGCCGAGAAGUCGCCGGCCGAAGCCCAAGGGAUGACCAGGGAAGAGUAUGAGGAGUACCAGAAGCAGCUGGUGGAGGAAAAAAUGGAGCGGGACGCCCAGUUUGCCCAACGCAAGGCAGAGCGAGCGACCCUGCGGACCCAUUUCCGAGACAAAUACCGGUUGCCCAAGAACGAGACGGACGACAGCCAGAUCCAGGUGGUGGGGGGCGACGUGGAGCUCCCCAAAGAGCUGGCCAAGAUGAUCGAGCAAGACAACGAGGAGGAGGAAGAAAAGGACUCUGUAAUCGGGCAGCUGACCAACAUCCAGAACCUGGACAUAGAUUCCCUGAAGGAUAAGGCCCAGGCCACUCUGGAUGACCUCAAGCAAUCCGCCGAGAAGUGCGCCGUCAUGUGACCCCCUCAAAAGACCCCCCAACAUUGUACCAAGUGGGAGUGAAGUAGAAAGAUAACGGUCCGUCGGAGAGGAAGAACGGAUGAUAGGAAAGCCAUCCAGCCAACUCCCAUUGAGUGUUUUGUCCUUGAAUGUCUGUGAGCUGGAUAUUUCCUUCCCUGUGAGGGUGCAUCUGCACUGUAGAUUUAAUCCAGUUUGAUACCACUUGGACUGCCAUGGUUCAUGAAUCACAGCAGUUGUGGUUUGACAAUGCCUUUGGACUUGUUAAGAAUGCUGGUGCCUCCCCAAACUACAGCUCGCACUAUUUCCUAGCGUGGAACCAUGGAAGUUCAAGUGGUAUCAAACUGGGUUAAAUCUACAGUGUGGACGCACCCAAAGCCACAGUUCUCUCCUUGUGACAGAUGUCUUACUUGUCCCACAUCCUUGUGUGGUGUGUGUUUCAAUGGUCUCAGGUUAGGUCCCAAAGUUUUGUUGUCACAUGAUGGUGCAUUUAUGUCCACGUUUGGCCUCCGAUGUGGCUGUCCCUUUCCAGGUUCCGUGCGUCCCCCUCUCAGUGGUCAAGGAAGAGAGCCAUUCACUAUUCCAAAACUAUACAUUGUAUGGGAUGUGUAGUUCAAAGAAGGGGGUCUCACUCCCUUUGCUGCCUUCCCCUCCCCAUGGAGGUUUUUCUAAUGGUUCGUUUUCGCCUUCGUUCCGAUCCAAACAAAAUUGGUUCUGAGCAAAAAAGUUUGGUCAAAGUUUUUAGUUUUGGUCCUGAAGGACUCAAAGGUCUCCUGAUGUCUUCCAGAUUCCAUAUAUCAGAGAGGGGACAUUUUUCCCUCUUGUAAUCUCCCUGAAACUUACACUUAGCAAUAUGGAGACACCAUGGCAAUACUUUGCACUUCGAAAAACUAAACUAAAAAUGGCACCUUAGAGGUUGACAAAGGAAAGCGUAGGCUCAUUUGACCGGUGGGGAAACUGAGGCACAAAGGCUCUCCCGGCUCUUUGCCUCCAGACCAGGCGGCAGGACAGGAACGCAAGCCCAACCGGCCAAAGGCAGCUGAUGCCCCGCAGGUAGGGUCCCGUCCCAAUUCCAAAUGGUGGGAGCUCUUGGAGUGUCCUUGCUUCCAAUUAUCAGGAGAGGGGAAGCCAUGAAAAAGGUACAUGGACCUGUGUGUGAUGAAUGUGGCCGUCAGUCUGUAUGUCGUGCCGUGACUAUGCAGUGUUCCCGUGCGAACCUCGACCUGCUAUGACGACUCCUUCUCCCGUAAUUUCCAUGGUACUGUUCAAACUGAUGGAAUAAAGAUCAAGAAUUCUCUAUGCA